AUGAAAACUCUCGCUCUUCUCCAUCUCCUACUCUCACUUUCGGUUUCUCUCUCUACAUCAAAACACCACGGCUAUGGCAGUAGUGGCGGUGGAAACCUUCAAGGUUUUACACUUGAUCUUAUUCAUAGAGACUCUCCACUAUCACCUCUCUACAACCCAACUCAUUCCCGAUCAAACCGAGUUCAAAAUGCUUUCAAUCGGUCCAUUUCUCGAGCUUCCACUCUUUCAAGAAGGGCAGGUUUUACCACGAAAAUAGAAGCAGACAUUUUUGAGGUCCCAGGGGAAUACGUAAUGUCAAUCCAGAUUGGAACUCCACCCGUAAAAGUUGUUGGAGUUGCUGAUACCGGGUCCGACCUCACGUGGGCCCAGUGUCAACCUUGCCAGAACUGUUACAAGCAAGUCAAUCUGCCCUAUCUUGUACCCUCUUCUUCAUCCACUUAUCAACAACUAUCAUGCCAAUCAAAGGGAUGUGAAGCCCUAGAAGAAAACCAAUCAUCAUGUGACUCACAAAACACGUGUCAAUACAAAAUGAUGUAUGGGGAUCGCUCUUACACAUCAGGUGACCUUGCUAUGGACACUUUUUGGUUCGGGUUAACCCCUAUGAAAAACGUGGCUUUUGGUUGUGGACAUGAUAAUAAUGGCACGUUUAACGUGAAUGUUUCUGGGAUCAUUGGUCUUGGUGGCGGCCCACUUUCUAUAGUCAACCAAUUAAAUUCCGUCGUGCAGGGUCAGUUUUCAUACUGUUUGACUCCACAGUUUAACGACAUCACAAACCAAACAAGCAAGAUUUACUUCGGUGAACUUGCAAAAGUCAACGGGUCAAACGUCGUUUCAACUCCCAUGAUACGAAAGGAGCCAUCGACGUACUACUACCUUACAUUACAAAGCGUGUUGGUUGGAAACACUAGUGUGUCAUACGAGCGAUCCUUUUCGAAAAAUAAGGUUGUCAAAGGUAACAUUAUCAUAGAUUCUGGUACGACACUGACACUUGUCAACCGGGAUUUCUUUAGUGCGUUGAUUUCGGUUUUGACGGAUGCCAUUGGAGGUCAAACUGUUGAGGAUCCACAAGGAUUGUUUGAGCUUUGUUACAGCGAUUUAGAAUUGACACUUGUCCCGAAGAUGACCUUCCGGUUUGACGGUGCUGACGUGGAGUUGCCGGCGACGAGUACUUUUUUGGAAGUGCAGAAAGGUUUGAGUUGUUUGACGAUUGUUCCGGUGGAUGAUUUGGCUAUUUUUGGGAAUUUGUUACAGCAGAAUUUUUUGGUGGGGUAUGAUUUGGUAAAUGAGAAGGUUUAUUUUAAGCCUACUGACUGCAUGAGACAUGAAGUUGACUAG